GCCGCCAGCGAAACCGGCGAGGGCUACGUGUUUGUCGUCUACUUCCACAAGACCACAGCCGCCGAUGCUCUCGCCUUGCUCCAGGCCGCAGACAUCCGAGUCAGGGGCCACGAGAUCCAAUUUUCCUGGCACUGAGAGAAACUUGGAAACCGGAACCUCGUUUACUUUUCUUCUCCUUCUACCUCAUUUGAGUAAUGAGCUUCCCAUUGCCUCGUUGUGCCUUGGUUUUUGAGGCCCGGGCUCCCGGCUGGACUGGACUGGACUGGACUGGACUCUUUGAGAGGUGUGGACCGUGGGUUUAUGGGACGGGACCAUGGGCUCAUUCUCGACUCAAGCUCUUUCUGUCUGGAACCUUCCGAUCCGUUUCCCGACUUCACACACAUCUUGAGUCCUGCGUCCUGCCGCCGGCCGGGAUUUGACAGCUUUUUGAACCGACUCGAGAGGGAUCAUCCCGUUUGUUUCCUUCUUCCUAUGGCUUUCUCUAUCUCUUUUACCUCUUUUUCUAUCAUUCACAUAUACCCCGUUCCAGACAUCAGAGAGCAGAACUCUGUCUUCUUCGAAUCCAUACUCUACUCCUGGUCUGCUCCAACAACCCCCUACCCUACCUCUACCCUCCCAUCCAUCCUCCAAUUCCCGCCCGACCGCCCCGGGACGAAUCCUUCAGCGAUCCAUCCUCCACCCCUCCUCGACCAGUCACCACCCCUCCCCCCCCCCUUGCCACUCUUCUCAGAGAUCUGCAAGUCUAGGCCAUCCUAGACCACCCCAUCCCAUCCAACUUUCCAGGGCAAUCAUCCAUCUCACCCAUACACUGGCUCCUCCACCCAUCUCACCUUAUCUCCAUCGAGCGAUCAAUCACGCAAAAAGGAAAAAGCA